CUGGACACACUCACACUCACACACACAGAGAGAGAGAGAGAGACGGGCAGACAGACAGACUCCCACUCCGCUGAAGAAGCGCUGCUGCCACCACCGCCUACUUGUCUAGGCAGCCUCCCUCCUCGUUGCACUGCCUCAGUGCCUCAUUGCCUUCCCCACGUCACGAUUUGCCUCGGUUGCGAUUCGCAGUUGCUGCUUGCUGGGCGAGCCAGGGUGACGCUUGAGCAGGAGAAGGAGAGGGAGAAGGAGAGGGAGAAGGAGAGGGAGACCAGAGCGAGAGAGAGCGAGAGAGAGAGAGCGGCGGCAUCAUGGUGCCGUUAGAGGGCGGCGCUGGGGAGCAGCUUCUGGCCAUUCGCUAUCGGCGGGGGAGUCUUCAGCUUCUAGAUCAACGGAAACUUCCUUAUGAAUCCAUUUACAGCGAUAUCAAAGAUGCAGUCGCUGGCUGGGCCGCAAUCAGUGAUAUGGUGGUAAGAGGCGCACCUGCCAUCGCUAUAGCUGCUGCUCUCGCUCUUGCAGUCGAGGUUGAAAGCUUAAAGCCCUUUUCUGGAGCUGGACUGGAAGCCGUUGCCUUUUUGAAGAAUCGUCUGGAUUACCUUGUCUCCAGCCGGCCAACAGCAGUGAAUCUCGCAGAGGCUGCCACGAAUUUGUUGAAUAUUUGUCAAGCGGUAGCGGAUAAAGGCGAUGAUGCUGAAGCUGUUUACCAGGCUUACCUCGAAGCUGCAGAGAAGAUGUUAGCUGCUGAUGUCGCCUCCAACAAGGCAAUUGGCGCUUACGGCGCAGAGGCCCUUUUACAAGCAAAACCUGCUUCAGGCAAUGGCAUGCGUGUUCUUACUCACUGCAAUACAGGUAGUUUGGCCACAUCGCAGUACGGGACGGCUCUCGGCGUGAUUCGUGCACUUCAUGCUCAAGGGAAACUUGAAACAGCCAUAUGUACAGAGACACGUCCUUACAAUCAGGGGUCAAGAUUAACGGCUUUUGAGCUAGUGCACGACAAGAUUCCAGCUAUUCUGGUGGCCGACUCCGCCGCAGCUUCUUUGCAAUCCCUAGGUCGGGUGGACGCGGUUGUUGUGGGUGCAGACCGCAUUGCAGCUAAUGGUGACACUGCCAACAAGAUUGGCACAUACAGCCUAGCCCUGUCGGCAUUCCAUCAUGGUGUACCCUUCUAUGUGGCAUCGCCCUUGACAACCAUCGACACCGCAACCAAGUCUGGGAAGGAGAUCAUCAUCGAGGAACGGUCACCGAAGGAGCUGACGCAUUCUCACGGUGGACAGGGCACGCAAAUUGCUGCUGAUGGUGUUGGUGUUUGGAACCCGGCUUUCGAUGUUACCCCAGCUCGGCUCAUCACUGGUAUCAUAACGGAUCAGGGAGUCAUCACCAAGGAAGGGAAUUCUGAUGUCUUCGACAUUCCUUCAUUUAUUGCAAGAUCCAAAGAUGAACGUUCACCUAGUUUGAAGACUGAUUCAAAGUCUAGUGGUCUUCAAGUAUCGAAGGAAGGAGACUUGCAUGCCAAUUUUAAGCCACUGAAUGAGUCAUUGGUGGCAAGCUACGUGAAGUCUCAACCUCGGUUGGGAGCGAUACUGGGUGGCACAAGCGCAGAUUGGAGUGUUAAGGAAGUUGGAGACGGGAAUUUGAACUUUGUUUAUAUUUUGGAAGGUCCCAAGGGCUCCUUUGUUCUGAAGCAGGCUCUCCCGUACGUGCGCUGUGUUGGGGACUCUUGGCCAAUGACAUUGGAGCGUGCUUUCUUCGAAACCACUGUGUUGCGAGAGCACCGUCGACUGGCGCCGAAUCAUGUCCCUGAGGUCUACCAUUUCGACCACCCUAUGGCUCUAACUGUCAUGGAGUACCUGGCACCGCCUCACAUAAUCCUCAGAAAAGGCUUGAUCGCAGGCACUGUGUACCCUCUUCUGGCGCAGCACAUGGCAGAGUACAUGGCGUCAACUCUUUUCCACACUUCUUUGCUUGCUCUGUCGACAUUACAACAGCGGAAGGAAGUGGCACGUUUUUGUGGCAAUAUAGAAAUGUGUCGGCUAACCGAGCAAGUUAUUUUUACGGAGCCUUACAUGGAAGCUUCCAACAAUCGGUGGACUUCCCCUCACCUUGAUGCUGAUGCCCAAGCUUUGAGAGAAGACGCAAUUAUUAAACUUGAAAUCGCUGGUCUUAAAUCAAAGUUUUGUGAAAAGACGCAAGCAUUGCUGCACGGGGAUUUGCAUACAGGAUCCAUUAUGGUUACACAGGAGUCCACAAAAUGCAUUGAUCCGGAGUUCGGGUUCUAUGGCCCUAUGGGCUUUGAUGUGGGGGCUUUCCUUGGCAAUUUGAUGCUAGCAUAUGUAUCUCAAGAUGGUCAUGCGACUUCUGAAAAUGAUAGAGAGGGAUACCAGCUCUGGUUGCUGAAAACGAUGGGCGACACUUGGCAGCUUUUCUCGGAGAGGUUUGUCGCCCUCUGGGAUAAAAAUUGGGGUGCUGGAGACUCAUACAAGAUUGAGGUGUACAACACGAAGGAGCUUCAGUCUCUUGUCCAGAAAACGUACUUGAGCGAGUUGUUCCAGGACAGUCUUGGCUACGCUGCUGCCAAAAUGAUCCGGAGAAUAGUUGGUAUUGCUCACGUUGAAGACCUAGAAUCCAUCCCUGAUUUAGAGAAGAAAGUCGCAUGUGAGCGGCGAGCUCUGAACUUUGCCAAGCAACUUCUCAAAGAGAGAUCGAAGUAUUCUGAUAUUAGACAAGUUUGUAACGCUUUGCAGGGUAGCCAAUAAGAGACCAUAGGACCAUAGUGAGUACAAUUCGGACAUAGUUUUGUAAUUUAGGUAUUGACACAACAACACGUCACAAGGACUAACUCUGGUUAAAGUUUUCCAGUGUAAACUAAAGCAAUGAAUUAUGUCUUGCUAAUUUCUUUUUUCCA